UUUUCCUAACUUUUCGUCGCUUAAACUCAUUCACAAGGCGGACGCAACUUCCUUAAACGGUGUUAAAGGGUGUAUAUUGUUGGUUUCCACUGAGCUUCACCGACGUAUAAAAUUGGCUUAGUCCCGCCCAACAUGGCAAAAGCUAUGAAGACUUUAUUCCUGGUUUUAGGUUUUCAUAUAAUCGUUCAAUAUGCUGAAGGUAAAGGUAUGUAUGUGCUACCACUUUCCAAAAAAAAUAGAUGUAUUUUAGUUUUAAAUAUGUUUUGAUAACAAACGAAGCAACUCUGAUUCGUCGGGAGCGAACUAGCCAUACAUCACUGAUACCAUGCAAGCUUUGCUUUUUUAUUAGCCCCCUUUUUUAUCUUUACAAGACUAAAUUAUACAUGGCGGAUCAUCGUGGGUUAAAUUGCGUUCAGGACGCAAAAAUUUGUCACAAACUUCGCAGUAAAAGGGUUUCUGUCUAUCCAACCCUCUAAAAGAGAAUCAGGGACCUGUGAGGUCCCGAGGAAGAACGACUGAUCCCGUAAAAAAUUGAAGAGGAUUAAAGUAAAGAAACUACAAAUUUAAAAAAAAGCUUGAAUAAAACUCCAUCUCCGCGUUUACUCUUUUUUAUAUUUCAAUUCAUAGUUAAAUUCAAGCGAAAAAAACUUAUUUUUACGCACAAUUUACCCAUCAUAAGGCUUGUAUUGUAGUCCUUUGAAAUUAACACCAUGGAUUCAAUAACAUGGGCAAAAGAAAGCCUAUUCUUUAUUUUUUUUCUUAUUUUCUGGGUUAGCUUAAAAGCAUUACGCUAAAGCGGUGCAAUGUUUUAUUCGCUUAGGUUCAAAAUGGGACCAGCUAAGAGGUAAGUGGGGUUUAUUUUUCAGCGAACCCGCGCAUUUGACUCUAAAGCAGUAGUUGUUGCCAAUUGAUAACCAACCAACGUUUUCAGAUCCAUAUCUCCAUGGUUGCAAUUGUGCUAAUAUCUGUUUCUGUAAAGCACUCACAUAUGAGUGUUCAUUAGACUAUAUUAAUGCGCCUGGCAACGGAUUGUGCUUUUUUUGUGGUCCGCGCUGUCAAAUGAGAGGAUUUUGCAAAAGCUAAGAAAAACUCUUUAAAGCUAAGGUUGUUACUUUCACUGUUCAAAGAUAAAUGUAUUAUCAACCCCCUGUUAAUUACUAAACUAAAGAGUAUUGAGUGUUUGAAAAUUGAAAGUUGAUCAGCACCAUUUGUAAACAUAUUUGUAUUCGGGAGCGAAGUAUUUUCGAUUUUCAACGAAAAGAAGCUCGUCUUUGAGAAAAUGCCAUGAUAUUUAGGUAACUAAUUAUUUUGUACAUCAAUUCCCACGUUUCUAGCUACUUAGUUGUAAUUUGAAUUCCCACUGAAUGAAACCAAAAACGCUUUUAUUAGAAGUUUGACGACGGUGGACAGGCUUUUGUGCGACCUAAUAAAAACCAAUCUACUUUCAAAAGCGUUUCAUUCGGAGAAAGUAAUAUUGUGGAACUGUUUUUAAAAGUCGGCUCCUCCUGAGGAUCUAUUUUAUCUCAAUCUCGAAUAAAAGGUAGAACGCAUUUAUAUUUUCUUUUCAGUGACUUUUGGCAAAUUUUCCAUUUAUCCACUUACCAGUGAAGAAGCCACUCAAAAUGGUUGGAAAUGGGAUGGCCAUUGUUCAGGUAUAUGUAUAAACUAGUCUUAUUCUAAAAAUUCGAACUUUCAUCAUAUACUAUUAUUCAGGGCAAUCGUUUAUAUAAAAAUAUCAUUAAUUGUAAUCGUUCAGAAAACUGCUACAUUGGAUGACAGGAAAGGAAAUGCUUGAUCACUCAAAUGAGCAAUAACUAUCUAUCUAUCCAUCCAUAGACGACAUUCACCUAUAUCUAUCUACUAUUUAAUUGGCCUCUUUCAAAAUGAUCUUUCUUGAGAAUUUUGCAAAUUGGUAGCAAGUAGAUAAAAUAAAUAAACUCUAGUGCUAGUUCUUUGCUGUCACCUGGUUGACUUAAAAAGUGCGAGUUAAAGGCGCUUAUUACUGCAUUCAUUAACAAUGACGCCGUCUUUUUCUUAUCCAGAUCGGGGCUCUAACUUCUUUUACGGGAAGCGUUUUGUAAGAGGCAAUGACAGUGCUACAGGUCUGAUUUUUGACUGUGCUGGCCACUUGGCAGGGAUGCAAGCUACCGUAUGUGUAAUCUGAAUUCGAAAGAGAAGCCAAAAAUAAUGCUUAGUAUAUCAAAGUUUGCACUUAAAGCAAGGGUUUGAACCUAAAAUAAGAAGCUAAAGCAAAGACGUUUUUGAGAAAAACCGGAAGUCAAAACCUUUUCCUUUUAAUAUGGCUUGACGCUACCAAACUCCAAUUCGAUCUGGAACGCCCGGUCAACGCGGUUUCAACGAGUUCUUAAGAACUCCUAAGUGCUCCGUGGGUAAACAAAUUACAAUCACAAUUUGUAUUAGUUGCUAAGUGUAUUUACUCUUACAGAGACGAUUUACCCAAAAAUUUGAGCAAAAACCACUGCCCAAUAACGCCAAAAGUCCACUUCCGGUAGACGUGCGUUGUUCAACUGAAACGUCUUUCAAGCUCCCUACUGUCUUAAUGGCCGCAACUCAAUAAUGGAGGAGGCGCAAGGCAAACGGCGCUUCCUCUGUAUCUACUGAAAGCCAAUGAACAUAUUUAACAAUUAUUCCUUGAGCCCGAAUGGCCUCUUAAUCAAUGGCCCAUGAGGCCGAAGGCCGAAUGCGCUAUUGACUCAGUAUAGUAUAAAUCCAACUAGUUGGUCAAAAAUAUCGAGAAUGAAAAAAUUUAAGCUAGUUAAAGCUAGACUUUAAUCCUUUUUUGCCGCCAAAAAGCCCGCGCUUUUCGCUACUAGUGGGAUAUAACAUAUAGCCUAGUGGUAGCUCAACCAAUCAGAACGCAGCAUUGAUAAUAGACCGCUAGUUGGAUUUUACUAAUUUCAUAUAGUCCCGGGUAUAUUUUUAAUAUAGAUGGAGAUAUAUAACUCACUCUACAUGAGUCGUCUUGUACACAUAAAAUUUAUACAUCCUUGUCCAUGUUUGCACUUAAAGGUGUUGUGUAAAAGAUUAAAAAUACAAAUCGCGCGUCCUUAUUUGCUAUGGAACUCAGUUGAAAAAUCACUUGCAAAUUGCAAAACCACAGCUUCGUGUCAAACAAAUCAAUUCUCCCAAGCAGUAUAUCAGACGUUACAAACACUAAAAAUGAACGUUGAAAACUGUUUAUAACCUAACCGCCAGGUUUCAAAAGGCACAAUUGCAAUCUUCAAUGUUCUUCAAGUUUGUCCAUCCGUGCCUCCUUUUGUAUUUGAUGUGUUAUUUAUACCUUCUUUUCAUGUCCUGAGUUGUCAUUUUUAUGUUUCAUUCAGUUUGGUCGCAGUUUCCGCUCUUUUAAGUUUUGAUAAAUUUCGUGACACAGCUUCUUUAACCAGUGGCGGAUUCAGGGAAGGGGCCCACCCCCCUUAUUUUUAGAUCAAACUGAGGCGCGAAGGGUCGAAAAACUUUUUUUUGGAGACCGGGAACCUCUCCUUAUCUCAGGGUCUGGAUGACCGGGCCCCCCCUUAUCUGAAGCUCUGGAUCCGCCGCUGUUAACGGUAGAUGAAAUCGCACUAAAUAAAACGAAAACUGAACGCCCCAGACAUUUGACCGUGGUAGAAUACAACAGUAGCUGUCCUUAUGUUCUUUCAACAGAUCAACAAACCACCUGAGAAUGCUGAUAUCUACAGCGAACCACCGUGGAUCACAACAGAUGAUGGGCACGUGGCACUCACUGCCUACUUCCGGAACCCGAAGAAAAUUUGCGCUUAUAAAGGAAAGAAGUGUAACAAGCCGGUCCACAAUAAGCGACCAAUAGGAAACCUUCUGUGGAUACAGAUGUCUGACUUCCGGUUGAAUAAAAAAGUUAUGAAACUACCGCUGAAGGAGAAAAAGAUCGUGGACACACCUUGGGUCGAGGGAACCUGUGUUCCCGCUAUGGGUAAUUCUUUUGGUGAUAAUAAACUUCUGCCUGAAGCUUACAGUUUUAACAGAGGGUUUUUAACUUGGCGCAUUUGGCCAAUUAUAUAUUGAGAGAUAGUCAGUCGAAUAAGACUCCAGCCAGGUGUGCAAUGCCCAAUGCGCAAGAAAACCGGCGCCAGGAAUUCGCUGAAUGUCGGUGGUGUUAAAUUUGGUUGUCUGAAAUGACGACACGAGCAUUUUAGAGCCAACCACAUAGCCAGCUUCGAUCCAUUGUGACUCUCUGUCGUCAGCCUGGGAGAUUCCUAAUAUUAGUAUAGAUUUAGCCAAGGCCAAAAGCGAAGCUCCCGUAGAUUUUUUUAAGACUGCUAACAAGAAACAAACUGAAUUCCUCCUUAAUAAAGUGGACUUGAGCCUACCAUCAAGUGAAAACUAAUAACUAGCUGGGGGAGAUCCUUAAAAAUACACGUUACCUAGAUAAGUUGAGCCUACAAUUCAGUCACAUGACACAGGUCAGCAUUAAGUUUGACAUUUCUCAUCGCUUCCAUGAAGGGGGCGGACGUACGGUCGAAUGCACUGACUGACGGACGAUUUUUUACAACCAAAAUUUCUUAGAUGCAGGAGAUGCAUGGAUAACAAAUUAUGGUGGUGUUCCGCUUCGCGCGCUUCCCUAGCGGGAGCUCCGCUAUUGCUGGUUUUCACUGUCACGCCAUUAAAAAUAAAAAUCAAAACCGUUUAAUCCUGAUAAAGUUCAGAAUCUUGGAAAUGAAAGCACGUAUAUAAAGACCUCGCCAAAAUUCAAGUCACUGUAAUUUUAUCGUAUGCCAGAUAUUCGGUGAAACGACAUGAUUUACCCAAAUUUUUAGAGCUUUGUAUGGAGAAACCAUGUUGGUGCCCAUCUGGAUGGGCCCCAACAUGGGGGCAGGAAAUUAGCCGGAACAUCGGUCACUGAGUUUUGAGAGUGGUGACGGAGAAGACGAAACGCCGAAAGGAUUUUGGCAACAACGAGGACAACUAGAUUCAUGGCAACCAAAGAUGAAAGGAAACUCGGAAAUACUUUCGACAACUUUACAACAACUUUAAAAAUAAUGUAACCGCUUAAAAUUAUUCUAUAUCUCACAGGAAUCCACUACCACUUCAACAUCUCGAAAGAUUUUGACUGUAACAAGGCCUUGCCAGUUUUCCUGCUGUUCAGUGAACAAAGCAAAACCCUGAUUGGAUUUGGCUGGGGGGGACCAUUUGAUGUUCCAAGUACUGAAUGGGAAAAGCCACCUCCUUCUCUCUUUGCAGUGAGUAUUGAAUAUAUAUUUUUACAACAAACCCGGUAAUGAAAUAAUGAAAAUAUGAAUUUCAAAUAUUUUAACUACGGGAUAAAGGAAUUUAAUGCUCCCAGUUGGCUGGUUAGAACCCCGCACCGGUAUCGCAGAGGUCAGCGCUCGAAUCCCGACAAGCCUGGAUUUUUUCAGGCUUUUUUUUUUCGCAGCUGCAUUAUUUGUGACUUCAACUGUGAUGAUCUUCACAUUUAAAUCCGGUAAUAUUAUAAACAUUUAAUUUAUAGCCACUUGUUGAUUGUUUGAUCUUAGGGCGAGUGUAGUAUACAUUCAACUUUUUACAAUAACUGAGCGAAUCCUUCAGGCGCGCUGAUUGGUCGAGAGCCAUGGUCUAUGAGAGUAUAGACCAUGGAAAUGACGUAACAUGUCACGCAGUGCCGGUUGUUUUGUUUUAAGUUUUUCGUAAAAAAAUAAAUGUUAUUGUAAAAAACAAAUCGACCACAAUUUCCAUGGUCUAGACUCUUAACUUUGCAGUGAAACCACUCGCCUGAGUCUCGUGGUUACACUUGAGUUUUGAACAUAUUAUGACGUCAUUUCUAUGGUCUAUUUAACAAUUAUUUGGCGAGCACGAAUGGGCUCUGAGUCAAUAGCCAAUGAGGCCGAAGGCCGAAUGGGCUAUUGACUCAAAGGGCCAUGAGGGCGAGAGGAAUAAUUGUUUUAGUAAAAUCCAACUAGUUGUUCAAAAAUACCGAGAAUAAAAAACUUUUAGCUUGUUAAAGCUAGAUUUUAAUCCUUUUUUGUCGCCAAAAAGCCGGCGCUUUUCGCUACUAGUGGGCUAUAACAUAUAGCCUAGUAGUAGCUCAACCAAUCAGAACGCAGCAUUGAUAAUAGACCGCCAGCUGGAUUUUACUAAAAGAGUGUAGACCAUGGAAAAUUGUGGUCGAUUUGUCAAUUCACCGUUUAGACGGACCCAGUUUAGACCGGCUCUAUGUCUGAUGAGUUGUGUGCCAUAUAGAGAGUUAACGAAACUGACUGGAGAAUGUCAGCGAUUAACACUUUAGUAACAACAAUGGCUAAUAAGAGAUUUGCAAAAUUUCCUCGUCAUUGGAUAUGAUUAAACAGCUUUUUUUGUGCAUGCGCAUAAGUCAAAAUUUGAACUUACCGAUCUUUUUUUUCUCACUCUCUUAAUUUUUUCCCGUUGCCUUUCGUUUUAUAGCCAUUUUUGUUGCCCACUUUAUCAUCUUUCUUUCUCGUGAAAUUUUGGCUGGCCAAAUUUCCAGGAAAGGGACAAACGUAAUCUGCAAACAGUAGUAGGUAAAUAGAAAAAUUGGCAGUGAAUAUUAUGGCCCCAAAUGUUGAUUGUAAUUUUUGUGUAACUGUGUCAAAAUUUGGUAAAUGAGGUACCUGUGGUAAAAGACCUAUCCUCGCUGAUUUUGCUGCUUAUGAUCUAAACAACUUAAAUGGAAAGAUAAACGGGUCCAGGAGGGAAAAUAUCAGGUCCGCCACAAGGAACCAAAACGACAAAAGCGAUUGUCAAAGGGUUACCUCCAGCUGUCUCUUUUUGGAAGGUGUCCCGACUAUGGCACCUGUCACUUUCCAUGCUUGAUUUUGUUUCCUUGAAUGUAUUCCCCAUUGCAGUCAAUCAGCCUUCCUUCUUUACUUCAUUUUGUUUUGAAAAUGAUCUUUCCUGACCAGAUUUCCUCGAUCCUGUACUCUCAUUUGUACGUUGGCCCUUACUACCUUACGACAAAGUAUUCCUUAAAAAGACACUGACCUUAAAGUUUAUUUACAUUUUUGUUUACAGAGAUCCAUGAAGCCUGAAACAACUCCUGAAUGUUUAAAGAAUUAUACGAAAGUAUCAGUACAACAUGUUUACUUCGUGGACCCACUGAAAAUUGCUUGUUCUUAAAAAAAGAAAGUCCUUUCGCGUUGGUUUAUCAUUUAUAAGUCAUAUCAAGCCGUUUAAUUAUAAUACAUCCUCUACAUAUCAUAUUUAUCAUAAAUUGGUCAAGCCUUGUAAAGCCUACAAAGUCCAUAAUACGCACUCAACGAGCCAUGUAAAAUGCUGUCAUUAUAAUUAAAGUUUAUCUGUUAACAAAGUAUGGUUUAGUCGACGCUUUUAUAUCGACCAAGAGAGGGACUCAAUACCCUCUUUAGAUACUGGUUUUUUCCUUCUUUUAAAGCUAACUUUAGCUUAUAUUGCGCAAAACUUCUGAAGACGGAAAACGGUUUCGGUGCUUGAAACGAAGUCUUUCUUUGCCUUAAAACUUACUUUGCACCAAACAGUCAGUUAGUGAAGGCAAAUGACAGUCAAUAUGGCGACGGGAGGCGCUGGGAACGAGGCUACUCGAAAUUAUGAUAGCUUAUGAUGUUUUAAGACUGCUCCUGGUUGGGCAGAGGAAAGCGAAGUAAUGCGUGCGUUCGACAGAUUCGGACGUCGUUUUUAUUUGCUACCCGCCUCGAUUAGCUCGCUAGCCAUUUCCAGCAGUAACAUUUAAACAGUUAAUCUAUAAAUUGAGAUUAUAAAAAAGUUGAGGUUGACGUCUAAGAAACGUGGUGAAGACUUGGGGGUUUAUUUCGCAUUAGAAUUGGUGUUUCUUUGAUACCAUUUCGGAAGAAUUGGGCUUAAAGGACACCCACCUAAUGCGGACAUCUAGUUAUUGCGGAGAGUUUUCUUUGUCGCUCGGAGAAGAAAGCCUGACAUUUUCUCUAAAUUCAACCUGCUUUAUACAUGCUUUAUUAACCAAGCGUGAUGUCAAGAUGACUGUAUUAUACUUGCCAAGUACUUUUUUACCUUGACUUCGUCUCGGUCAAUAAAAACCCAAAAAAGAACGAGGUCAAUAUACAGCCAUCUUGACAGAACAAACUUGGUCAAUAAGGGAUUCAUUAUAUGGCCAAAAAGAGAACUUUUUCUUGCAGAACAAACGCUGGAAAUCCCGAGCGGGCACUCAGAUAAGUAGCCUAUCAGAACGCAUCAUGCUCCCUCACGGAUUCAGUCAUAUAUUAAUCGCGUCUUCUUUUGACACAUCUUCUAUGGUCCCCUCAGUGUUCGUGCUAACGUUGUUCCAGCGUAGUCUGGGUGUGGUCAAUUGGUGCUGUUCGUGAGUGAAGUCAGUUCAGAUCCAUUCAGAGCGAUGAUCAAUGUUUGAAAAACGGCUCGAUUUUAAAACAAUAUGACUCUUUCUUGACCAAUCAGAGGUUAAAGAGACUAUUCCGUCAUCAAUAGUUUACUUUUUACAGGUAAUUUUAAAGAGAUAUCGCCUUUAAUUGUUCUUUCACCUGAGUUACGUGUCGCCGGCUUGAGACACCGUACCCAGCAACUGUUUUCAAGAAAUUCAACGGAAGAACAGAAAAUACAAUGUUCAUAGAGACAAAGAUGUUUCUUUUUGUUGGGGCCUUGAUAUUGCACAUGGAAACUGUGAAAAGCUGCGGAGAAAGUGGUAGGCUAAUAAUUGUAAAUAUUUGGGAAAAGUUUCAAAAAUGCAGUCGUAUUUCCACUUUUCAAACUGAUAUUAUAUCUCAUUUUCAUGGGAUUCUGUGAAAAGUUAUUUUUUCAAGUAAAACAAUCGCUUGAAAAUCACAAAAACAAGUUCUUUUGUUCAUUAUCUAAUAUUUGAUUUUUAUAGGACAGUUUUUGUUAGCUGAAGCGUGGGGCUUUGUAACUGUCAGAUAGAUUUGACAACUGACAAAGUUAUACGUUAGUUCGGUGAUAAUUACUUUGACUUUGCCGGAGAAAAAUGGAAAAAGACCGCAAUUAUGGGAUAAUUAUGCUAACAAGUUGGUAAAACUUUAAACGCAACCUGCAUAAGUGCUUUCCAUACGAUGUUUCCCUUUAUGACUUCAGACACAUCCAACGGGAAAUUUUGAGAAAAAGACCUAAAAACAACAACAAAGCAUUAAUAAAGCUUUCUCAAGCCAUUUUAAGCGCUAGCAUUUUGAGAGAUUCCUGGGAAAAUGUAUGGGGUCCUCACACCCAGCAAGACUGUUGGGAGUCCCCAGCCAGCAAGGUGCACCAACAACCUGCAGCCUUACUUACUGGGAAGUUUCCAAGCAGACAGACAGACAGACAGCCUUUAUUUUAGCACUAUGAUAUUAGAAGCUAUGCAGCUUAUGGGGUAGUAUGUCCACACAUUACAGGUCAGUUGGAGUGUGGACAUAGGGCAAAAUUCAGCCUUUCAGUGGGAGAGGGGUGAGGGGGAAAGGGUGUUCUGUCAAAUACAACAUAGCAGCUAUUCUACACAUCAAAUUCCCUCGACCACCAUGAAUUGUCUCUUUUACCAGCAACACUUUCUUUCCAAGGACAUAUUACUUCUUCAAAAUCUCUCAGCCAGCAAAAAUUCGCUUGAAGAACAGAUAUUUUCAGGGACAGAUCCAUUGGGUGCCCUUGUAAUUUACACUCCGCUAUUUCCUUUUCUUUUUCGCGUUUUUCUUACAAUGAAGUGAACUGAAGUUUAAUGCUACAAUGCUCUUUUUGCAAAAUAGCAAGUGGUUGCAUCAUAAAAAAAACCAAAACUGAAUACCAAGUAGUUGCAUCAUUUCGUAAAACGAUUAAUACGUUCUGCGUAAUAUGCAUCAUGCUUAUUAUCAUGAGUUUUCUUUCAAAGUUUUAAUUAUUUCAUUUUUUCUUCCAAUUUUACGUAAAAUUUUGCAGUUCUUCAUGCACAAGAACAGAGAGGAAAGCAGUACAGAUUUUAUUCAGGGUAUCGCCAAUAGGACAAAUCCCACUCGUCUUAAAACUUGUUUCUGUUUAUAAUUGACAGAUUUAUAAACUCAUUUGUAUCGAAACAGGUUCCCUGUUUACUUUUAAAAACUAAUCUUUGCGCUUGCAAAGCUUAUAAUUGAGUGAAAAUAGAAAAUGCUCUCUAAAAAACACAAAUAACCAAAUAAAAAAUGGUAAUUAAACUUACAGAUUUUAAAAGGAAUUGUUUGUUUCCGGAGUCGCACUAAAAAUGAAUCUUUGUUUUUCCCAAGAGAAAAAGUACUUGAAAACAGCGAAAUAGACUUGCUUAGCUUAGCUUAGCGUAUUUGUUUUCCCUCUUCAGUCAUUUAAAUUAAUCAACCUAGAGUCAGUUCUUUUUCAUUUUUAUCAGUUGACUGGUAUACAAAAAAACGAAAUGACAUGUCAGUACUUUUUAUUGAAAUGUCUUAAAAGCAGUCUGUUUCACUUGAAAUUUAUUGUUUUGCUUUGUAGGAAAACAAUGGGACCGUUUACUUGGUAAGUAACAGACUCCAAAUUAAACUGUAACGAGGAUAGCUUUAACUCAACAUUAACAGGUGCCGCUUAAUAGAGCUUUCUUUGCCGGAUGAGGCAUUUCACACCUGGAAGAAUAUAGCUCCUUUCUCCUGAGAUAACUUUAACGAGGGAGUUAGCGACCAUCGUUACGUAAAAAAGUUCAAAAGAAGCGACCUUGAAAGCUGCCGAGAGGUAGCAUAUGAGGUUUUCUCGAAUCCUACUCAAAAAAAAAUAACGGCUUUGAACUUCCCAGCGCAAAAAAACGCUAACGUGCACGGGAAACAAACUCGAGUGUCAACGCUCUUACCUCGGUUAUAUGCCAUUUGAUUUGUGCAUUUCCCAUAAUACACCUUGUUUUCCCCAACACCCCCUCCCCCCUUAUCCGCUUGCUCCUUUCUCCUUCGCAGAGGCCUCUUUGCGUCGUAGGAAGGCUGGGGAGAGGGUAGACUGCCAGCAGUCUCUCUAUUACUUGAAAAUCUGUGAGCGAGUGCGAUAAUUACGCUCGUGCUUGCGCCUGCACAACUCUCUGCUCGCGGCUUUGCCGUCCUCGCCUAAGUAAACUUACGCAACAGGACGGGGGAGGGAAGAAGACGGCUAACAUUGUGUGAAAAGCGUGAUAGUAAUCUUGUUUGAAAUAACUUUUCCCCAAACUUCACUUUCCUUUAAACAGAUCUUUUUGUAAAAGACUAGGAAACAUUAAUGUUAAGUGAAGAUUACGUCAAAACACGUAAGUAAUAGCCCUAUCACGUUUGUCACACGUGAGCGUUUUACGGUCCUUGUCUUCCUGCUCUCCUGUUGCGUAAACUUACAAGUACUCGCUCACAGAUUUUCGAGCAAAAGAGAAACUGCUCGCAGUGUAGGGAGAUGGGAAAUGACGCUAUAUUUAUCAGUUGGGAUACCCAGCGGGAACCUCUGCAGAGGAGAAAGCCACUCCCCCGGCCAGAUUUUGUAUGACUGAUUGCCCUUGAUUUGUCUUUGGACGACCUGUUAUACCCAGUGGGAAUUAUAGACAAAAAUGCUGGAGUGGAGGAAUAAACAAGGUGUAUUAUGGUGAAUGCGCAAAUGGCAAAUGUAAAAAAGAAUCAUAUGAAUGUACCAUGAGAGAAAUAUCGUUCGGAGGGCAUUGUAAACUUGAUUAAUAAUCCUUUGGUUUUUUUUUCAGUAAAUUUCUUGAAUCCUACGCCUCUUCCACGAACAGAAGACCAAGCUCUAGCUGAGGGGUGGAGAAACGACGCUUCAUGUGGUAUUACACGACACUGUAUCCUUUCCCGAUUUUACAAAAAUUGUCUUGUAUCAAUCUUGUAUCCAGAUAUUUUAUUUGAAGCGGAUCUUAAUUAAGAAAAAAAUUCCAUCGCCGGUUUGCAGAUGAUCGGCCUUUUAUGACUAAAGAAGUCAUAUGUACGCUGCUUUCAAAGUCGAGCGACUUGUAUAUACAUUUUCCCUCCCCUCCACUAAAAACCCCGGUGAAAAAUUGUAUGAAUGAUGGCUGUCAUAGGAUUUUUCUGAGGCCCCGUUAAGGUAAAAUUUUAAAAAGCCACAUGGCCUUGAAACAGCGAGAUAAAGUUGCUUGAAAUACCCACAGGGACAUGGCCUACUCUCCUUAAAACGCAACACGUCUGUAUUUGAAAUUCAGACUAGGGACAUACUUACCCUCCUCCGACCAGGAGGCUUAGACUUACUAUUUUUCCGCACACACCUGUUUCAAUUUCUGUCUCAACGACCAGCACGUACCACCCCAUCCACCCCACAAGAUAGCUUCUCUUCGUUAAACCUUUUAAAGAUAAUUGCCAUUUCUUUGUUGUAGAUGAAAAAAAUCCAUUUUAUGGCAACCGAUACGCGCUGGGAACCGACAUAUCAACGAGGCUGAUAUUUGAUAACAAUGGAGAACUGGCCGGAAUACAAGCAACAGUAAGACAGUUUAUGAUCAGUGGCCUGUGAGGGUUAUUAUUUGACCGUUAGCCAUCCUACCUUUCCGGAAUAAAGGGGCAUGUCCGACAAUUACGUGGGUCUUGUUUAAGGUUCAAUUUAAGUUACGCAGAUUAUGUCGUCCUCAAAACCCCAGAUUACUGAGUCAUAGGGAGGUAUAUGCGAGAAUAUGGUGCGUGAAUAAAAAAGUUAAAGUUUUAAAAUUAAGAAUUAUAUGCGUGUUUGCAAUUGACAAUUAUCUCCAAAGCAUUCUAGGUUACUUAAUCAAAUCGAGGCAAGGGCUUUAUGCUCCCCUUUAUCCCAGAUCACUGAACGUUAUGCGAUGAACGCGCCUCUCGUCUUGGGGAGAAUGUGCCAUGCUUAUAAGGUUAAAACAUUUGAUCAAGUUAAAACAAACUAUAUUUUCUCUAACACAGAUCACUGAGUCAGACGAGCUAAUACUUUCACCCACCCGACCCCGGCCGGGAGCGUUUGUAAAGGACGACCAUGGCCACUAUCUUGUAACAGCUUACUUCACCGACAAACCCAGUGAUAUCUGCAAGAAAAGGCCGGGCAAGCACUUGGCGAAUGGACGACACAAAAAGAAAGAUGCCCUGGUUAUUCAAUUGAGUGACGUCAGACUGUGCAAGCCUGAGUUCAUGGAAAUACCGCUGGACGAACGAAAACUAGCAAACACCAGAUGGGUGAAAGGGAAGUGCUUUCGUGGAAUGGGUAAGAUAAUUUGAAAAAAUGAGGGAGGGACAUUGCAGGCGAACAAUAAGGAGAAGUCUCAUACUAUCAUUCACUUACUUUCUUUGGUACUCAGAUAAAAAAAGGGUCUUAUAGUUAUUUUAAGUGAAAAUAUGGUUGAAUCCCUUACUAUGAAUAUUACUUUCUGCCCUCUGAAUUCAUACGGAGAGGAUGGAGUACCGAGAGCUGUGUGGGCUGUGCAAUGACCCCCCAUUUUAUUCUUAAGAGUUCAAGGGUGCAUAUGAAAAUAAAACCGGGGGGAUUUAUUGACUGUUGAAAGCUAGCGCAAGAGUGGGGUAGAUCUGGCGCUUCGAGCACGCUUGCAAGAUAAAAAAAAAUGUCUGUCGAUCGAGCUAAGAGCUGAUAGCCAGGAAAAAAAGGAAAUAGGAUCUGUAAUAAGCAUGAGGUCCCUCAUCUUUCGUUUAAGCCAGAUACUUUUCCACUGAUAACCGUUUUUUUUCUGUCAUAGGAGUGCACUACUUGUAUGAUAUUUCCCCAGACAUGCACUGUGAUCAAGUAUUUCCAGUGUAUCUCAUGUAUGGUCAGUCGUCAGGUCGAUUGAAGGCUUUUGGAUGGUCCGUCCUUGCUAAUAUCCAAAGUUAUUUAUGGGAACAUCCUCCAAUGAAGUACUUUAAGGUAAUGAUUAAUCUCAAACAGAGUGUUAGGAUUUCUCGGUCAACAAUUUGGUACUGAUAUGAGGGAGGGGUUGAGGUGUGUAGACAGCAUUUAAGUCAACCUCGUCCCCAGGGCGCUUUUCCCUAGUCCUGCCCCACCUCCAAAGCCAGGGGAAAGCGCCCUGGGGACGAGGUUGCAUUUAGGUUCGUCAAAAGAAGCGGUGGCUAACUUUGUUUUAAGGAAACAAAACGAGGGGAGAGCAAGAAAUUGAAAAUAAUUAAAUUAUCAUUAACCCUAUAAAAAUUGGAUUGGCUGUUUGGUGAAAAACAGCGUUAAUUUUCAAGGUAGGAGGCGCUGCAAGCACUAUUGUAGUUUAACAACCUCCUAAAGAAACUCCUGGAAAAGAUCAUAAACUAAUCUCUUUAUCCUCUCAGCUUUUCUUCAAGGAAGUGCCUAAAUGUGUGAUACGUCGGAAGGUGAUCUCUGGUCAGCAUAUCUACCUCACUGAUCCAAAGAAACUUACCUGCAGCACGCCAUAG